AUGCUCACUGUACGCAAUCUGACACCCGAAAAGAUCACGAUCAAAUGCAUCGAGCGCUUUGAGGAUCCGAAUACGUCCAAGAGUAAAGGUGGCGGCUACUUCUUUGGCAACAGAACAUCGCAUUCGACAUGGCCCUCCGCACCCGAGCUAGGCGAACAUGCGCAAUCGUUCAAUCGUAUGGAUCUAGAUGUCAAUUUGCAACCAUUCGAAUCGUACACUCUCGGAGCGUCUGGAAGGAACGAUGGAGCUGCAGCAGCGUACUCCAGCCCUACGUUACGGCUCACGAUAGAACUGCCCGACGGUGUCCGUCACCGCGUUGACACCAAACCAGACUACACACAGAAGUCUGCUCAGAAGUUUACACCGCUCUCACCUGGCCCCUCGGAAACCUUUACGGCGCUCUUCCAUCCUUGUAGACCGACUCCGCAUCUAACUAUACGCUCAACCAAGACAGAAGACUACUCAACGUGGAUGCAAGCGCUGCCAGACAGCCUGCCUCUAUCUGCUAUCUCCAUUCCAGGCACUCACAACUCGCAUACCUACUACAAAGCACUGCCUUCUGUGAAGUGUCAAUCGGUGGACAUCAAAACACAACUCGACAACGGCAUUCGCUUCCUGGACUUGCGCGCACAGCCCACUCAUGGCAGCGACCCGGGCAAGAAGCACAUGUACCUCGUGCACGGUGCCUUUCCCAUCAGCCUGACAGGUCCCAAGUACCUCACCCCGGUGCUCGAAACAUGCUACGCGUUCCUCGCGGCGAACCCCAGCGAAAGCAUCCUCGUCUCUCUAAAACGCGAGGGCGUAGGCUCCGCGACAGACGAAUACUUUGCGCGCAUCCUGCAAGACCACUACAUAGGCCCCAACGCGUCAAAAUGGCACACAGCACCCACAAUCCCGUACCUCGGCGCGGUCCGCGGAAAGUGCAUACUCGUGCGGCGCUACACGACGGGCGCAGAACCGCCGUCCAUGUACGCGUCCGGCAGCGGUCUCGACGCAACAGCAUGGCCCUACAACUGCACGUCCGCCGUGUUCCCGAGCAGCAGCCCGACAUUCAACAUCCAGGACUUCUGCGAGGUGCUAGACGCCGAGGCCACAGCGCAGAAAGCCCAGUACGCCACGCAGCACGUCGCUCGUGCGGCUGCGCUCGUGCACCCCAUCCCCGGCGUCACGACGGAUGUGGCCAACCCCGUCCCACCAGGCCCGCUGUAUCUGAACUUCCUCUCCGGCAGCCAUUUCUGGAAGAGAGCGUGUUGGCCGGAGAAGAUUGCGACUGUGGUCAAUAGACACGUGGAGGAGUGGCUCUGUGCGGGGCACCAUCUGCAAGUGCCAGAGACGACGCCGGCGGGUUGCGAGGGGGGCGGUGGUGAUGUUGGGCGUGUGGUGGGGAGGAAGGAGGGGGAUGGCGGGACGGGGGUGCUGGUUAUGGAUGUGGUGGGGGAUGGGGGGGAUUGGGAUUUGGUGAGGCUGAUUGUGGGGAUGAACAUGGGGGUUUUGCAGAAGGUGCGGGAGGGGCACUGA